AUGCGCGCCCCGGCGGAGGUGCGGAUGAUGAUCUACGAUUAUCUUUUCGACGACGGUGGAAAUAAGCAAUUGCGCAUACAGAAUGCAGGACCCGGCAAACUGCAAAAGACAGACGGCCGAACCAGGAGUACAUAUUACGUACUGGAGCGAUCAUUCCACCGUCGCUGUUACGUGACAACGUACCUGCUCGACACGAAGGGUGUCAGCUUCUGCGCCUCAUUUAUGCGAGUCAACAGGAAGAUAUACGAAGAAACGGCGUACCUGAUCUACGGCGGGCAUACGUUCGACUUCGGAAGCGACAUCGAAGCCGUGGAGCCCUUCCUCUCGGAUCUCACACCGCCAAGCCGCCAACUAAUCCGGGAGAUCUCUUUGUACAAGCGGGGACCGGUACCGCCCUAUGACUAUGACCGCAGCGAGUGGAGGAAUGUGUGCCGGUUCCUCCAGAACCAGGCGUCCAUCAGGAAGCUCCGGCUGAUGGUGCAAGGCGGUCGUCCCAACACGACUUGGGAGGGGCCGAAGGAAUUCUCCGUCGAGGACCUGAAGCUCUUGUUUGACAUCAAGCACGAGAGCCUGGACUGGGUUGGAGAGUUAAUCCGCGUCAAGGGGAUUGAGGAGUUGGAGGUAUUACCAGAUGUCCAGUAUUGCCCGCCGCCUUCGUCAACGAACAUGAUCAUUUUUGCGGCCCUCUCGGCUUCGAUCGAGAGAGGCUUGACUGAAUUCCUAAGAACGCAGUUACGUCUACCUCAAUGA